UCCCAGUUGCCUGAACAACCUGCAGUCUCCAGAAACCCAACAUCCCAGUUCUUGGUCCUGCCUCUUGAGGAAGUUUUACACCCUGGAUUGGCUCCCAGGACCCAGGCUCCUCCCUAGGCUCAAUCUGCUUGGAUCUCUCUUUACUGUCCCCAUGGCAUUCCCCAGGGAGACACCACACAAGCAAGAGAGAGUCUUGCAGAUAGGUAGGAGGGGGGAGAAGGCACACUUUGGGGAGAGAGAAGGGACCAGGUCCAGAAGUUUCUCGAGGCUAACUGCUGCACAUAGAAUUAUUCUCCCUCACUGACCCCAUCCCUCCCCAAGGGUCCCAGGAGACCAAGAAGCAAAGCUUCUAGAAAGUGUAAGAUACACUGGAAGACUAGAAUUCUGAAGCUCCAGAGCCCAGCUUGGUCUAAGAGUCAGGAAAGCAUGUCUGUCUGCUGACCCACAUAGAAGGUCUUCCCUUCGCCAGGACAGCAGGAUGCCACCUAAAACCAAAGGAAAGGGGAGAAAAGCUGCCACACGGAAGAAGAAAAAGAAUUCAAGUCCUGGUGUGGAGGCUGAGGCCAAGCACAGGCUGGUGCUGCUAGAGAAGGAGCUGCUUCAGGACCACUUAGCUCUACAGAGGGAAGAGGCUUGCCGAGCCAAGGCUUCCGAAGACAGGCUGAAGCAGAGGUUACAAGGGCUGGAAGCUGAACUGGAAAGAACCCAAAGUGAAGGGCGGGCUGUAUAUGCAGAGAUGAGCCGCCAGCGUCAAGCCCUGCAAAAGGAGCUGGGGACCCGAAGCAAGCGGCUGGAGGAGGAAGUGAGAGGUCUAAGGGAGCGGCUAGAAACAUGCCAAAAGGAGGCCAAGACCGCAAGGGAAGAGGCUGAGCGAGCCCUCCGAGAGCAAGAUGGAACCCUGGCUGAGCUUCGCGCCCACGUGGCUCACAUGGAGGCCAAAUAUGAGGAGAUCUUGCAUGACAACCUGAACUGUCUCUUGGCCAAGCUGAGAGCUGUCAAGCCUCAGUGGGAUGCAGCUACGCUGAGGCUCCACACCAGACACAAGGAGCAGCUACGGCGAUUUGGUCUCAACCCCCUGGAUCUUUGAGGCCACUGGCCUCGAAUCUCUAAGGCCUAUCAAUAAAGCAACUUGAUGUAGAAGUCAAUAGAACUGUAGAUUGUGGCCUCUGGCAGUGAGGACAUCUAUGUUCUAGGUUAACCCAUUGUCCCAUUGUCCUAACCCCUGAGUGAUAAGAAAUAGACAAUGUUCUAAACCCUUUCCUACAGAAACUAGAUCCCAUUCCCUUGAGCCUGGAGCACCUUCAGUCCCUUUAAAGUGCCUUGGCUUAAGUGGGCAUGGUGGUGCAUGCCUUUAAUCCCCACACUUGGGAGGCAGGGGGAUCUCUGAGUUUGAGGCCAGCCUGGUCUACAAAGCAAGUUUCAGGACAGCCAGGGCUAUACGGAGAAACCCUGUCUUGAAAAACCGAAACAAACCAAAACAAAACUAUCUUGGAUUAUCCUGACCAAUAAAACACAAAUCCAGAUAUCCA